CUCUGCCAAGAUGAAGUACUGCAGUACACGAGGCGGUGUGAAGGGAGUCUCUUUCUCAGAGGUCCUCCUCUCCAACUAUGCGCCAGACGGAGGGCUCUACGUGCCGGAGAACCUCCCGCGGAUCGGACGCGAGACUCUGCGCUCGUGGGCCGCGCUCGGCUACCAGGAACUGUUGCAAGAAAUCUUCUCCCUUUUCGUCUCACCCGAAGAGCUUACCCCUCAAGAGAUGCAAAGCAUUUUCGAGGGGGUGUUCGAUGGUUUCGAUGCACCUGAUGUCUUGCCCGUUGUAAAGGUUGGCCCAGUGCACGUGGCUGAAGCGUGGCACGGGCCCACGGGUGUCUUCAAGGACCUAACCCUCCAUGUCCUGGCAAGACUCUCCAACCACUUUCUGGAGAAGCGUGGCCAGCGAGCUACGAUCCUAGUGAGCACGACGGGUGACACAGGAGGAACGGCAAUUCGGAGCGUCCAGGGAAUGAAGAACCUGCGAGCGAUCGUUGCCUAUCCUCGACGCACAGUGAGCAGGGUCCAGGAGCUCCAAAUGACCACUACCGGUUCGGAAAACGCCGUCGUGUUUUCCCACGAUGGAAUAUCGGACGACUUGGACCUGAUUCUGCGCAACAUCUUCCAAGACGGAGAGCUCCGAAAACGACACACGCUGCUGAGCUUUAACUCCAUCCACACGGUCAGAGUCCUUCUAAACGCUGUCCACUUUGUAUACGUCUAUCUCCGCGUGGCACCGGAGGCAGACCAGAGUGUCCUCGUGUCAGUACCAACGGGUGGGGUGGGGAACGCAGCCGGUGGUGUUAUGGCUGCCGAAAUGGGUGUCCCUAUAAAAAUCCUGUCGGCCGUCAACGAAAACGAUGUCGUUCACCGCGCGUUCACUCUCGGAGAUUUCUCUAUAGCCAGGGCUCAGAUCCCAACCCACGCUCCUUCACUUGACUCCAACCUCCCGCACAACAUCGAGCGUGUCUUCUACUUUGCUCUGAACGGUGACGCGGCGGCAUUGAAAAGAGUGAUGGAGGAUUUCGAGCAGACUCAAAAGAGCGUUCUACCGGGGAAAAUCUGCGACAGCUUCCGUCACUUUCUCACUGCGAGUGUGAACAAGGAGCAAUGUCUGGAGACCAUGAAGAGCGUGUGGAGGGAGUUUGGAUAUGCCGUGUGUCCCCACACCGCUGUGGCGUGGAAACCAGCCGCAGAAUAUGCAACUUCGACCAGUCAAAAUGGUGACGUAGGGAUAGGGGGGGAGACGGGACCACCCGCCGAGAGAUGUAAAGUUGUGGUCGUGUUUUCGACAGCGAGCCCUGCAAAAUUUCCCGAGACUCUGUCGCUAGUAAGCGUCCCUGUCCCACCUGCUGCCUGGGUGACGGAGCUGGCGGGCAAGAAGGAGAGAAAACUGCUCCUGGACAAGGGAGGAGACUGGGAGGGGAUUCUGAGAGAGACCAUAGCCUCAUCUCAAGGCUUUCUUUAGGUCACUCCAGAGUGGCCAGCGGGCAUUUUGUUUUGCAUGUAUCUAUAAAUAGCACAUGCACAUCUCAUGUACACAUUGCUAUCAUGUGUAUAUAUGCACCAAAAUCCCCUUAUUGUUUUGAAUGUGAGUUGGUAGAAUGCAGUUGAAGUGCCCCAUAUUGAGACACUAUAGGGCUAUAUAAUGUAUAAUAUAUUAUGGUUUCGGCAUAAUUAUAAUACACAUUCUCUUUUUAACUGAAUUAUGACAGUAUAAUAGAUAAUUGUUAUGAUCAUGUAUGACAAAAUAUUUAUGUACAGCCAGCACAUGAAUAUGAUUUUUUCUUGAGGAGUGAAAUUUGA